UAUACUUUAUCAAGUUCUCAUUCCAAAAAAAUCUUAGGAAUAUUAAGUUGCAAAAUUUGUAAUUCGAUUGACAUCUUUCAAGAAGGAAAAGAAGAAGAAAGAUAUGACGUUUGUGAAAGUGUGUAUCUUUAUAAUUGCUGCCCUCUGGCAAUCUAAAGGUAGUUUCGUGGAGGAUGUUUCCAUUAUCGGAGCCGGUAUUGGUGGAACCUACACAGGAUGGAGACUGAGGAACAAAGGCCUCCGGAUUGGUAUAUACGAAUACUCCGAUCGUGUUGGAGGCAGGAUGUACACGAAGACUUUUCCAGAUGCCCCUGAUGUUCCCAUUGAUUUGGGUGCCAUGAGGAUAAAAUCUAAAGAACAAUUAAGAAUGAUUAAAGCCGGUAGAGAAUUAGGAUUUAAAUUUGUACAUUUUGUUGAAGAAUUGGGACGGAUUCCGAACCAUACCCUUCUUUACCUGAGAAAUACCCACUUGACCAUUCCAGAGCUAGUGACCUCAAAAAAUCCCUACAGACUCAGAUCAUGGGAGAGGAAAAAUCCAUCUGACCUAACAAAAUCACUCUCUGAAUUAUUUACCAACUAUAAUGGUUCUGAACCAAGAACCGAACUUUUUACUGCUUUCACUCUUAGUGAUUGGAUGCCUAUAUAUGUACAGAGCUACAACGAAGUCAUUCGAAAAACUGGCAUAAGCAAUGAGGCUUACAAUUAUAUAUUUGACAACGAAUUACUCCAUUCCGGGCUUCGUAAUGGCCAAUGCCUUGAGUAUUUCCCUAAAACACGAAAGGGAUAUGAACAGAACACGAAUUCCACUGGACUUCCAUCCGUGGUUACCAUUCCCACAGGAAUGGCUUCGUACCCAAAAGAAUUUAUGAGCCGUUUUUUAGCACAAAACCCAAGAAGGCACCACUAUCAUCCAAAUAGCCAACUUAUAAAAAUAUCCAAAGCAAAGAAAGGACUAUACAUAUUAAUCUUUAGGAGAACAAUAACUAUCGAUGGCAAAACAAUUCCUACAAAGAAAUAUUUUAAAGUCCUAUCACGUAAUGUUAUACUGGCCUUACCAAAGGUACCAAUACAGCAGAUUCAGAUGCCAAACGCAAACAAUCCUGUUUUCCAGUCGGCACUUAACUCCGUAAAUGAUGUACAAGCUUCAAAGAUUUUCCUUGUGUACGAUUACCCUUGGUGGCUCCAGGAGCGCUUCAAUUUCACAUUUACCCAAUCUGAUCUUCCGUAUAGACAAUCAUUCCACUGGGGUAUAUCUCGUAAUGGCAAAGCUGUUUUUCUCCUGUCGUAUGCUGAUGUUGAAGAUGCCGCGUUUUGGAGUCUUCUUCAACAGAGAGGAAAGGUCAUCAGUAAAAGAAAUGACGAUACUCGGGUAACGGAUGAGGUAAUUAGACACGCACACGAUCAGAUUUCGAAAGUUUACAAGAUUGGCUACAGAAAUAUUCCUGCUCCUGUGGACGGCAUGAUGCAUGUUUGGAACAAGUAUCCUUUUAAUGGAGGAUGGGUGACUUGGAGACCCAGAUCCAGAUGGUAUGACAUCAAAAAUUACCUGACAGCGCCAUUUUCUCAAGACAAGAUAUUUAUAGUCCACGGUUACUGGGGAGCUGAACAUAAUGGAUGGGCUGAGAGUUCGUUGGAGGCCGCAGAUGAUGUUUUGACUCACUUUGGUGAACCAUCUUAUCUUUCUUUCAACGUAUAAAGGAACAUAAACGAAAACAUCGAAUUUUAUGUCAUAUAUUGUAUAUAAUAUUUUUGAGACUUAUUGCAUUUCUUGAUUUAUCUUAACUUUUUUCAUAUACAACGGCUCUCCGUAAAGUUCGUGUACAAGCUAAAUUUUAAAUCAAAAUGGUGUCCUUGAUAAAAUUAUAUUCAAUUUCAAAUAUAUAAUGGCAAUUAUUGCUUCAAAAUCAGACUUGGGACGGUGACCCUGAGCACCGCAAAAUUUUAAUUAAAAAUCAUGUAUCACUUUAUAAAUUUCCUUUAUAUUUUGUAAAAUAUCGUGCAAAUUCGUAUUGCUUUUAUAUAAAAGCUGUAACUUAAAACCUGAAAAUUUUGAACGUUCAGAGUUAAGAAAAGGCCGAGAUAUUGAGGUGAGAAUCUUUUACGACAGGAUUGUCAUUGUUCGAAAAAGGUAAGAAACGUUGUGAGUCGUGUAAUUUUAAGGUAUUAUGAUCUAAAAAUAAAGUUUUGAUGCAAAAGGAAAUCAUGAUCUACCUGCACAAUUGUUGAUUUCAUGAAUUAUAUAAAAUUAAUUUGUUUAUAUUU